AUGAGUGAUACAGAUGCCGAGGUGUGCAGCCAGCAUCUGGAGGCGCUAGCCAUCAAACGGUUGCGGCGAGAAUUUCGGUCAUCUUGUUUUGGUGACAUCAUCUCCACUACAGGGAUUUCGAGAUCCAUCGCCGGGCUUCUGUAUAAUAUUGGUCGACUGGGCCAACUGAGAUCUGCAGCUCUUGAGUUUGGAGACCAAAACCACUGGUUCUGGGAAGCUUCCGAAGCUGAUUUGGACGGCCUCGAGCUCCAGCUAGAUCAAAUACUACUUGGUCGAAAUAAUCUAGAAAAAGCCUUUGAAACCUCUGUCAAUAGGUUAAACCACAUUGAAGGCCAGUACAACGAUGAUGAACUACAGCACACCAUUGACCUCAAUCGAUAUAAUGAUGCAUUGGUGCAUUGUGCUCGCAUCGCUCUCCUGGAACGGGUCAAAUGUGUUAAUGCCGAGGACGAACGAAUAUCGGCUUCUACACAAAGGGUGUUCAAUCUCUGUUCAUUGAUUCACGAUUCUUCCCACACAGCAAAGCUCUUGGUUCUUCCCCUUUACAUGGUAGGUAUGCGGGACAAAACUCCUGAAACCAGAUCUUUCGUCCGGUCUAGACUUCAGUCACUUGAUGAUAUUAUCGUAACGGAUACCCGAGCGCUUCUUGGAAUUCUCGAAGAGAGAUGGGCAAUCUCGAUGGGCCCAGAGAUCUCACCGCCGAAUAAAGGCUACGCAUUCGAGGUUACGAAAGGCGAGCGGUUCCGCAUUGUCGACAUCCACGGUCUCCAGAUUGCUGGCUUCAUGGCUUGGGUCAACGAGCCAGGCCUGAGGGAACAUGUUCGGAUGUCUUACACUCGGUUCCGAUUGCAAGGUGUCAGUCCCGAUAUUGGGGAACAUCUCCGCACCAACCACGAUACUCCUGCUUUGACUAUCACCGCCGACACCUGCAAAGUCCACGAUAUGACAUUCAUGCCCUGUUUCCCGGAGAUCUAUGCCGAAUGCGGGCUGGAAGGCCAUCGAUCCUGCACGAUGAAUAUCACCGAAGCCAUGGAGCCAUAUGGUAUUACCUCACGGCUCAAGCUUCCUGAUCCGUUCAACAUUUUCAUGAACUCAUUAUUUGUGCAUACCAAAAGGUGA